AUGCGAUUCACAUCUUUACCCUCGGCCCUCCUGCUUGGACUCGCCUUGCACAUUGGAGUAGAAGGUGCAGGCUUGGAGGACAAGAAACCCAAGCCUGUUGACCCAUGUACUAUUUCAUCGACGACAGGGUCUUUUUUUGAUCUGAGACCAUUAUCGAUACAAGCCCCAGAAGAAGGGAAGAAACCUGCCAAAAACGCGAAGACAGACAGUUGGCACGCAAGAGGAUAUGAUUACAAAGGAAACUUUACACUGAACGUGUGCGCGCCAGUGGUAGAAGAGGUGAAGGAUUUUGUGGGAGUAGACAAAAACCAUUGGAAGAAUGUGAGCGCAUUUUAUGAAUAUGAUGGAAAGAAGUAUUCCGUAGGACAACAAUCAGGAAAUUUAACACUCCGCGGAAGAAAGCUUGUUGUAGAGUAUACGAAUGGAUCGCCAUGUGGAGGAAAGAACAAAAAAAGAAGUUGGGACGAUGACGAUGACGAUAAAUCCAUACGCCGGAAGUCUAGCAUAAUAUCUUUUCAUUGCGAAAAAGACCCACUCGCUACUGCAUCCGCCUCAUACGUAGGAACCGAUCCCGAAGAGUGCGCCUAUUUUUUUGAAGUGCGCUCACAAGCUGCUUGCGGAGGCUCCGAACCUGCCAAACAGACUGUAGGUCCGGGUGCUGUCUUCGCUAUCAUAGGAGUUAUUGCUAUACUGGUAUAUUUCCUCGGUGGUGUUUUCUAUCAACGAAAUGUCGCGCAUGCAAGAGGGUGGAGGCAAUUGCCCAAUUACAGCUUUUGGGCUAGCAUAGGAGAUUUCAUAAAGGACGUUUUCAUCAUCGCUACUUCAUCAUGCUCAAGAUGUUUACCAACUCAUAGGGGAUAUAACACCUUGAGUAUCUCUGCAAAUGGAAAUUGUGGAGAUGGAAGUAAUGGUAGAGGGAGUGGGAGGGAUAGAGGCGUUAGUGCAAAUGAAAGUGGGAGGAGAAACUCGGGGAGUGAGGAUGAAAACCGUUUGAUUGAUCAAUUGGAUGAGGAGUGGGAUGAUUAG